AAAGACAAGUGACAAAGGGAAAACAACUCAUGGUCGUGGGCACACACAUGUUCACGACUCCACCGCACUCCUGUUAAUGUUAUUAUUACAUCACCUCGGUCUUUGUCUCAGUCUCCUCCAUUGUCUCCUCUCCCAACGUAAGCCCAUUUGCUAAUCUUCCAAAUUCUCCAGAUUUUCCGCACCAAUGAGUUCAUCAGAUGAAGAAGGAGAGGAGUACCUUUUCAAGAUUGUGAUAAUUGGGGACUCAGCAGUUGGGAAAUCUAACUUACUGUCUAGAUAUGCUAGAAAUGAGUUCAACCCACAUUCUAAAGCCACUAUUGGGGUGGAGUUUCAGACCCAGAGUCUUGAAAUUGAUGGCAAAGAAGUUAAGGCUCAGAUUUGGGACACUGCUGGUCAAGAACGAUUCCGGGCUGUCACCUCUGCUUAUUACAGGGGUGCUUUUGGUGCGCUUUUAGUUUAUGAUAUUAGCAGGAAAACCACCUUUGAAAGUAUUCCUCGAUGGCUUGAUGAGCUUAAGACUCAUUCUGAUACGACGGUUGCCAGGAUGCUCGUGGGGAACAAAUGCGAUCUAGAGAAUAUAAGAGAUGUGAGUGUCGAGGAAGGCAAGGCUCUUGCCGAAUCAGAAGGAUUGUUCUUCAUGGAGACAUCAGCAUUAGAUUCAACAAACGUUAAAACAGCUUUUGAUAUGGUUAUUCGAGAGAUCUAUAACAAUGUCAGCAGGAAAGUAUUGAACUCCGAUUCUUACAAAGCAGAAUUGUCGGUAAAUCGUGUUAGCCUUUUUGAUGAUGGCAAAGAUGGGUCAAAGCAAACAAAGAGAUGCUGUUCCAGUUGAUAGACCCCCACAUAUUUGAUUAGUCAGCGUAAGAAAAUUCCUGAAGAGUACAUUUGAUUGAUAUGGGCGGCUUGGUCAGUUCUUCAUUUGUGUUUUUUUUUUCUAUCUUUCCCAUUUUUUGUCAGAAACUAUAUGGUUAUGAGGUGAAAUUCUAUUUUUGAUUUAUAUAUACAUAUAUCAAAUAUUUGUAAUUGUUUACACACAUUGUAUACAAGUUUUAAAGUAAUUUAUGGUGAGUGUUAAGGAUUUUUUGUUUCCAUUGAUCAUUUCAGUUGUGUGACUUUUGCUUAGACUUCUCCCCAUGGUUUUUGGCUUUACCGUCUCUCUAUUUUUCUAGUCGGAUUAACAUGGAAC